AUGAAAGGUCUCUUCAAGAAGCCUGAAUGGGCUUCCCAGAACACCAACCCAGACUUCUACCGCCGGUCUGGUCAGACAUACUCGGAUAUAAUCGCGGCCAACGAAGCAGCUCACAGGAAGACAAAGAGCUCACCAGAUGCAUCUGAUGAAGCGACUACCGGGGAAGUCAGUCAUUCAAAGAGGCGUCGAACUUCUGAAGAGUCUGAGGAAGAAGUGAGCGUGGAGACAUCUGUUCAGGUCCCCGCGCAUCCCGAGUCCAGAGAACAAGAGACACCACCUUCUCCUCAACAUCAACACAAGAAAUCUGAAAACUCUGUUGUCAACGAGAACAAAUCGCCAAAAGUAACACAACCUCCGCAUUCAGGUCAAUCCUCACUGAAAUCAGAUCCUCAUCCCGACAAGCUGCAAAAGCCACAGUCGCCCGUGGUUGGACAAGCGGUUCAGAAUGCCCCGAAUGAUCCGAUUGAUCUUGAUAACCAAGAGGCCUCAGAAACGGCAAACACACAGCGCAAUCCUAGAACAGAUCAAGACCGCCAGUCCUCGGCCUUGCCGACGAACACGGCCACGACCACUCCAGUCGACGAUCCCGUCGUGCGAAUUCUCAUUACCUCUGAAAUUCCAAAUUCCAACUCAUUGAUCGUCCACCGCAAAAUGUCCCAGGGACUUCGAGACGUGCGCUUGGAAUGGUGCAGGCGCCAAGAUAUUCCCACCGAGGUGCAAUCCUCUGUUUACUUCACAUGGCGAGGCCGGCGUCUUUUCGACGUUACAACAUGCAAGAGUCUCGGGGUGAAAGCCAAGAAGAGCUCUACCAGCUCCACUCAUCGAAUAUUGGGUAUUGGAGAUGACCCUGUCUCUGAGGAUGGAGAACAAGAACUACUACAGAUUCAUGUCGUAGCAACAACCGAAAACGCCGAUUUACUUCACCGGCCUGGACCUACCAUGUCGACUGGCCCUGGUGCGGGAAACACAAAUGCAACCACAAACAACCCCUCAGAAGCCUCACCCAACCCCGGAGAAGACCAGCAAAAUCAAAAUCAACUGUUGAAGCUGAUCUUAAGAAGCCCUGACUUGGAUGAUCUCAAGAUCAAAGCUAGGCCAAAGACCCUCGUGUCUAAAUUGAUUUCGGCCUUCCGAGAAAAACACAUGAUUGCGAGCGACCAGGAUCUGCUGAUUUAUUUCGACGGAGACCGACUGGACCCGGACACCUCGCUUCAGGAGCACGAUAUUGAUGACCUAGAUAUGCUGGAGAUCCAGAUCAAGCCGCGGGCUUAG